GUCGUCGCUUUCAAACACCGAACAAACCAUUACCAGUGCAUUCAUUGUACAUCAAUUCAUUCAGGUGAGGCAUUGUACACAUACCGACUGGGCCGUCUCAUCUGUUGAAGGUAGUGGAACAGGUAAUUCGCGAUAUUAAUUCUACAGGAUCUGACCAAAGAGAUAUUACAACCACUGAGUUAACUACGCUGAUACAAGAGCUGAAAAUUACCUCUGAAGGGAAGGCUGAAGGCUGGUAAAAAGCACAGUAAUAUUAGAAACCUUUGCAUUCUGUAUUUUCUGAGUUGGACAAUUUGGACUUAAGCAGCAUCUUAUUCGAUAGUGAUGCAUUGAGAAGGAGGAAAGGAUGGGAGCAAGGAAAACAAAGCUUGCAACUGAUGAUAAUGAUGGAAACCGGAAGCAGGUUGAUGAUAAUAGUCAGGACAGCUUCCAACUGUACUCACUGGUAAACUUGAAAGGAGGAGGGGAACUUGUUGAACUCACCAGGGAGGGUAUUAAGACAAAGGACUGGAAACCACUAGAGGACAAACUCAGAAGUGAAUCGGUGAAGAGAUUCCUGUACAAUCAUGGACAAGGCAAAGAUAUCUCAAUCAAGGAACUGGUUAACCGUAGGAACCAGAGCAGAACGGAGAAGGUUGAAAUCAUUGGAGCAGCGUCAAGGCAGCACAGUGCCAACACCAUCAGUCCUGUGAAAGCUGGCGCAAUACGGAAAGUUUGCUGGGACCUAGACCAGCGAGGAGCUGUUGGAGAGACCAUCCUCCAUCUCUGUUUCCUUAAUGCUACUGAGCUUCAUAGUGAGCUUGCUAAGAGAAUCAUCAAAGAAUAUCCUCUCCUUGUUAAUGACAUCUUUCACACAGACCUCUACCAAGGUGAGAGCUGUCUUCACUUUGCCAUCGUCAAUGAAGACUUUACCAUGGUCAAGUUCCUGGUUGAGAAUGGUGCCAACAUUGAUGAGAGGGCUUGUGGCACUUUCUUUCUGCCUGAUGAUCAAAAGAACACCAGGAAGGACACCUAUGACCAUGAAGUUAUUGUCGUGGAUAACAAAACAAACUAUCAUGGACACACCUAUUUUGGUGAGUAUCCUCUGAGCUUUGCAGCAUGUUUGGAGCAAGAAGACAUCUUACGUUACCUUUGGAGCAAGGGAGCUGAUGUGAAUGCACAGGACUGCAAUGGAAACACUAUCCUUCAUAUGACAAUACUUCACAAGAAGAGGGCUCAGUUCACCCAGGCCUUUGAGCUAGGGGCAAGUUGCAGCAUCACCAAUUACCAGGGGUACACUCCUCUCUGUUUGGCAGCAGAGCUGGCAGAUAUUGAAUUCUUUGAGAGCAUCAUUCAUCUAGAGCGCCAAGUUUCAUGGAAAUAUGGUGAUGUAACUUGCGCCCUCUAUCCUCUCUACAACCUGGACAGUAUCGGAGUUGAUGGGAGCGUCAAUGAGAAGUCAGCUCUAUUCACUAUCGUCAAUCAGGUAGAAUCAUCUAAUAACAUGCUUUUAUAUCAUGCUUUAACCCUAAAAAGGCGGGACUAUUUGAGAACUCAAGUGGUCAAAUCUAGCGGAUAUUCUGACAUUGAUCAUCUGGGCUUAAUGAAGGGUCUGAUGACUAAACUGCUUCACGAAAAAUGGAAGACAUUUGGACGGUUUCAAUUCUACCUGCGCAUGGGGCUCUUUAUAUUCUACUUGAUACUGCUGACAACAGCAUUCUAUCUGCGCCCUGGAAAGGACCGUAAUGCUAGAGAUAUCAAUGUCACUGAUUCGUUUGGAAACACUACGGUUGUGCAUAAGUGGAAUAGGUGUUAUCUGCUCUAUUCAGACACAACCCAAGACAAGUGUCGUCUAGCAUUUGAGUGCAUGACUGUCUUUGGAGCUAUCAUGUUCCUUUACUUUGCAGCUAGAGAGCUCCAUCAUCUUAAAAAGCUCUAUUGGAAUGUACUGCGUAAUGCCCCAGCCAAGGCCAUGUUCCUCUUAUCUUGCUUCUUUGUGAUCCUGGCAUGCUUUGGGCGGAUUCCUCCCUGUGCUCCCUACUAUGAAGAUGUUCUUAUCAUCCUGUGUGUGCUUACAGCAUGCCCUUACUUCCUCUUCUUCUUGAGAGUAUAUGCCCUUGUAGGUCCAUUCAUCUUCAUGAUCUACAAGAUGAUUCAAGGAGAUCUGCUCAAGUUUCUUCUUCUCUAUCUCAUCUUCUUCAUUGGUUUCUCACAAGCAAUGCACAUUGUAUUUCUAUCCUCUGUGGGUGCUGAAACUAAUUUCAUCGACUCUGCAGUCAACAUGUUUGUCAUGUCUCUAGGAGAGUUUGGAGACGUGUAUGAAAAGUUUGAUGAAACUCGGUACCCGCACAUGGCAAAGUUCUUGUUCUUUGUGUACAUGGUGCUUGUGACACUGCUUCUGGUUAACAUGCUGAUUGCCAUGAUGGGGAACACAUUCAGUACCAUAGCUAAUGCAGACUAUGAGUGGCAGAGACAGUGGGCGAAAGUGGUCCUGGUUCUGGAGCAAUCCUUAUCCCCUGAAGUGCGGCAUAGCAUGCAACUUAUGUACUCUCAACCUGUAUGGGAAGGCCUUCCUGGCAGAGCCAUGGUACAGCAAACAGAGAGAGAGACCCAUGAUGACAGAGAAGUGCAGAAGUCCCGUCAGCGCAACAGCCGUAACACCAAGAUGAAGUACAUUGAUGGGGAAUGGGUGCCACCUCCUAUGAAUGACCGUCCCCGUGACAGUGUCUUAGGGGCACAUCAGCAGGGUGACUCAAAACCUCCCAUGACCCUUGUUGUACCAGAAACAAAGAUCAUUCCGCCGGAUGGGGACUAUGUGUGAUUAUGUAUUCCACCAUUACCAUCAAUGUAUGUUGUGUUGAUAAACCACUAUUGAAAGAAACUUUACAUUCAAGCUACAGUCAAACCAGUCUUCAUGGCCGCCUGUCUACAUUCUCGGGCUCUUUUUCUUUAUCCCUUGGAUGGCUUUUAUGGACAUGUUUGACAGUAUUGAAGAGGCAAGUUUGCAGAUAAUAUAGUACUUUCAUCAUAUACAUCUUAUAAAGCCUGUGCCUGAGUAGGCACAUCACAGGCAUAUCACGGUAACUGGAAUAUUCACAUACUUCAAUGUUUGAAGAUUGUCUUCUAUAUUAGGUUGAAAGGCAUGUGAUAUUGGUUUUUCCCCUUAUCAUUGAAAAUGGGAUGAUUAUAAAUUCAAUUUUUCAACGCUCCAAUGUUAGAUAUUAGGUCAUUUUUUUAGAAGUAGUUAAAUGUCAUUAGACAAGUAGACCUACUGCUAUAUGGGUUAAUAUGCUCGUAGCAAUAGACCUGAUGAUGUAAUCAAGUACAUUUUAGAUAAAUAAACUCAUUAUUAACUUGUGUGAAUCCCAUUAUUCUCUUUAUGUUCCAUGGCAAGUAAUAUGUAACCUAUGUACUGUACAUAAUAUUUAUUGAGUAUAUCAUAUUAAUCAUAAAACAGUUGGACACUCAGAAGUAAAAGUUUAUGCUUUAUAGCAAGUAUUUACUAUUUACUAGUGAUUAUAUUUAUUGAUUAUAUUAUACUAAGCAUAUAAUAGUUUGAGACUCAGAAGUUAACAGUGUCAAUUAAGCACUGUGAGAAAUCUGGGUGUAUGGCACAAUUCUUGUUUAAACAUAGGGAGCCACAUAUCCAACACGUGUUAAUCUGUUUUUUGUUGUUGUAUAUGUUAUACAAUCUUCCCCACAUGUAUAGAUACCAGAAAAAACACUUACAGCCUUGUCCAUGCAUGUAUAAUUAGUAAGCUUGAUUAGACUUAUUCUUUACAUGUAAACAUGCAUGUAAAUUUGAAAUCCACUUGCAUCAAAGUGUAAUCUGACACAUGCUUGGGUGACAUGUGCUCAAUUCAAAUCUUUAUUUCAUCAAAGACAUUGGGUUUAGGGUUCGGUGUGAUUGUAAUUUGGUUGGAAUUUAGGGAAUUUUCUAAUAGAAAUUGACUGUCGAAGCAUUUGUCACUGGAGCAACGGUAAUAGAACUAUCAUUAGCCCUCUUUUUACAAUCAAUUUUUUUUCGCAUUCUCGAUGUGAUUCUGUUACUUAUUUUUUAGGAAUUCAUCUAAGCUCAUUAUACAGCAUGGUCGACAUGUUUUAUGUUUAGUUUUAUCGCACCUUGCUGCAUAUGUUGCUGCAUGUUUAUGAAAUUCAUGUUAUUGUCGCAAUGGCAUUAGAAAAUUGUACAAGUUACAUGUACCAACUGCCAAUGAAGCGGAUGACAUAAUAAUUACCUGGAAGAAUAUGCAUUUGCAUACAGCUCAAUGAUCAACAAAGCAACAUUUAAAAAAAAUAUUACAGUAUCUCCAGCCUUACAUAAAUGUAGUUAAAGGUUGCUAUCAUCAGUCAAGGUACUAGUAGCAUGUUUGUAAUUUAUAUUGUAGAAUGAUUAAGCAGGUGUUGAUGAAUUAUCUUCAGUACUUUCAUUGAAGCUAUAUUUAGUGCUUUGCAUGUAUUUUUUUUUACUUGUUAGAGGUUUGUACAUUUGUGUGGACCAAACUUUUAUGCCAAUAACCUUUAUUAUGAAACAUGAAACUAUAUUUGUAUGACAUUCUGCCCAAAUUAUCAUAGUUAAGCGAGAGAUUCAGAGCUAGGAAAUAAAUCAUUAGAUACAUUUUUAAAGAUUUUUUUCAUUUGUUUUUGGAAACAUCAUCCCAAAGGAUAAGUGUUGGUAUACUGAAAGAUGACCUUUAUUCAUGCCUAUUGAUCUACGAUAUUCCAUCUGAAAAUGUACAAGGAAUAUAUUAAAGAGUAUAUUUUUGGCAUGAUGUAUCAUAUUUUAGCAUGACAUAGGCGCUGCCUUUUCUUGAUAACGUGACACACCAGGCGAACUUGUACAUGUAUCAAACACAAGCUGUAGUUAUAGAGACAUUUUAAUUCAUUAACAAAACCUAUCAUUUUCAAUGAGGGAAAAUCAUAGCAGAGGCGGUAAAAAUAAUAUUUGGAAAAAAAUAAAUAAUA